GGCUGCUGUAACUUGACACAGUGAGAUGUGUAUGAUUUUUGUAAAGAUCUCAGUUAUUUAUAAGUCAAUUUUAAAAACAAUUUUAUGUAUAUAAACUUUGUGUGAUAGUAAGAAAGUAGUUUUGAUUAUUUAAAAGACAAUUAAAUUGAUUGUAAAAAGGUGAAUAAGUGAAUUUUGUGUGACGCUGUAAGUGCGCAAUCUACCGGGACGGACUUAGUGAAGAAAGACGGACCAACCGGUAAACGCGCGAGUGUUGAGGGCAAAAAUCGUCCAGACAAAACGUACAGUUUUCGUUAAAAAAAAAGGUGUCGAGUGAGUCUGGAGUCUCAUUUUUUGCUUAGUGAUAGUGUGAUAUCUUAAUUCUAUAUCUUAUGAAGUCUUCUAAAUAUAUCAUUUAAUCUCGUUUAUAAUUAGCGAUGGCAUUAAAUUGAAAUCGUAACUAAAUAUAUCGAUCUCCGAUGUUGGUCAUAAGAUUGUAUAAAUGUAGUUUUCAUGCUUUUAACGAGGACAAAAACUGGAAAAGCAAAAAAUCGUGGUUACCGAGGAAAGCUUCAAAUGCGUUUGAAGCUUCCAAGGUUGUAUUCAUGGAACUAUGAACCUAGAUUCAUUAUCUUUUACUUUAUCACAAAUUGAUUAUCUUACUUCUAAUUUAAAUAAGGAAAAUUAUCAAGCAAAUCUUGAAGAAAUUUCAGUUUUAGUGCGGUGGAAAGGCCUAGAAGCGGACAAACACUUGCUCCGUUGUUUGUUUUCCCUUAUCAACUUUAGUACAGAAGAAACUCCAAAUUUUAGCUCCAGAGAUUAUUACCAAGUCCAAUAUUUUAAGAAAAUUUUCGUGGAUCUUUUGGACAAACCGUCAUUGGUGAUUCUCUUAACCUACGCUAUUGACCAUCCCCUCAAUCAGCAGAAGGCACUCGAACCAUCGCCAAAUUUUUUUUUACAAUUAAAACGUGUAUUUGAGUUAACUUUACUUCAAGAAAUUGUGUUUUCUCUUGCUUUAAGACAAUCUGAAAAUAAAGAAAUAAGAACAUUAGCAUUAGAAAAUAUAAGAAAAAAACUACCUGACUUAGUGAAAAAUUAUAUCAACUCAGACACUAAUAGUAAAAACAAAGCAGGAGGUAUUCAUAUUUCAUCACCUCAAGUUUUACAUUACAUUCUCAGUGAAACUUUGAAUAAUUUACAGAAAUUUGAAAUUUCAUUUGAAUUAAAAGAACAAUUUCUCAAACAUUUGAGACACAAUUUUCCCCGAAAAUUAGCACCAGUGGUGCUUGCACCACUAUUAUAUCCUGAAAGUGAUAAAAAUAUAUUAGACCAUUCAACCAUGGCUAAUAAUCAAAUGGAUCCAAACUCUUUUGUAGAGUUUGUGAUGGAGCUAGGACCCACAUUUACAAACAAUGUGGAUGAAUGCAAAUCAACUUUAACAGGUUUAGGGACUCGAGAGAUCUCACCUUUGACUGUAGCUCGAAUUCUUUCUCACAUGGCUCGUGCCUGUAAUAGUAUAGAAGAAAAUUUUUGGGGAAAUUCAUCAAAUAACUCUGAAACUAACAAAGACAAAACUUCUGAUGGAAAUUCACUCAAUAAUUGGAAUGUUGAAGUAUUCGUACAAGCUUUAAAGGAGAUACAAUCAACUUUGUCUUGGAACGAAGUUAUAGUAAAGUUAGACCACACGGAUUUCCAUAUUAAAGAUCGUCAAAGUUUAAAUCUAUUGAUAACUGGUUUAAGACUUGGUUUACAACAUCAGGGUUAUCCUUUAGACGUAUUUCCAGUGGAAUUAUUUUAUCGUCAUUGGGAUAACUUUGAAGGACAAUUUUCUCUCAUUCAACAAAUUUUAAAAAAUCCAGACAUCUUUUGCUUUGCUGAUUAUCCAUAUCAUUCAGUGACAAUAGAUGGUUUGAAAGCAGCACCUGAAAGUGAUAGUAAAGAAGCACAAACUUGGCGGUCAUUAAAUGUCGUAGAACUCUUAUUACAUUUGGCAGAGAGAGGACUUUAUGGACAAGUUCAAGAAAUAUUCAAAUGGCCUAUUCAACACUGUCCAGACGUUCUUGUACUUGCAUUACUCCAGAUAAAUCCACCAAUUACAAUUCUUCGUCAAGAAUUGUUAGGUACUCUCAUGCCUAUAUUCCUUGGAAAUCAUCCAAAUUCAGCAGUAAUCCUUCAUCAUGCCUGGCAUGCUAAUAAUGUAAAAAUAAAGACAAUAAUUAUGCACUCAAUGGCAGAGUGGUAUCUUCGAGGAGAUCAUGAUCAAACUCGGUUAUCACGUAUUUUAGAUGUUGCACAAGAUCUUAAAGCUCUCACUGCACUCUUAAAGGCUCAGUCUUUUCCAUUUGUUAUUGAUCUCGCAUGCUUGGCAUCGCGACGUGAAUAUUUAAAGCUUGAAAAAUGGUUCACUGAUAAGAUUCGUGAUCAUGGUGAAGCAUUUGUAGCUGCUUCAAUUAAAUUCCUGCAAAGAAGAUGUCCUCAAGUAAUGAGUCCAGGACUUAAAGAAGAUGCAAUGGUUCCAAAAGCUAGUCAACUGCCUCAAGAAACAUUGACAACUAUGUUAGCUUGUUUACAAGUUUGUGCAGGAAAUUUUUCUCAAGAGUGUUCCGAUGCUAUAAUGACAAUGAUUAAUAAUUGUAGUAUGAUGUUGAACAAAGCUAAUAUAAAUAGACCUCCUCCUCCAGGAGUCCUCAGACAUCCAGUUUUAGAUCCAUUUAAUCAAGUGAAAUUGGCUGCACCUUUAUUUUCAUCAAAAUCCAUUGACACUUUAGGAAAUUUAAGUACAGGCCUGGCUUCAAUGAAUCUUGGAUCCAGUCUUGGACCAUCAAGUAGUUCAGCAUUUAAUCUUCCAGGAGCACUGGGUCCAUUAGUAUCAACACCAGGAUCACCAUCACGUUUAAUGGGGCCAUCUCCAAAUCCAUUUCCAAUGUUACCAUUGUCUUCUCAACUUCAUUCAGGACCAGUUGGUACUCAAGGUCCUGCAGUGAUACCAGGAACAGCUACGAUUGGUGGUGUUGGUCGUCUUGGCCCUCCUACAGGCUUAGAAAAAACUCGACUUCCUGAAACGUCCAGUCUAUUUCCUGACAUGGCUCAAAAUGUAUCAAAAGAAAUUGAGGAUGAAGCUAAUAGUUAUUUUAUGGGAAUAUAUAAUCAUUCUCCUCAUCAAACUCUAUCGAUUGACGAAGUACUUGAUAUCUUAAAAAAGUUUCAAGAUUCAGAUAGCAAACGAGAACGUGAAGUAUUUAAUUGUAUUUUACGUAAUCUAUUUGAAGAAUAUAGAUUUUUUCCUCAAUAUCCUGAAAAAGAACUUCAUAUUACGGCUCAAUUGUUUGGAGGAAUUAUUGAGCGUGGUUUAGUAAACAGUUAUAUGACUCUUGGACUUGCUUUGAGAUUUGUUUUAGAUGCUUUACGCAAGCCAGAAGGUAGUAAAAUGUACUAUUUUGGUAUUGCUGCUCUUGAUAGAUUUAAAGGUAGAUUGAAGGAGUAUCAAACUUAUUGUGAACACGUAAGAGCUAUUCAACAUUUUAGUGAAUUUCCUGCUCAUUUAAUGGAAUAUGUUGAAUAUGGAUUACAAGGACAAGAACCACCAACACGACCUCAAGGACCUGUGCUUCCUAAAUCAUUGGCUGUAUUAAAUCCUACGACUGCUUGGAAAACUAUCACAACAACGACCAUUACAACGAGUACAACGCAAGUCAAACCGUCAACAACUUCGACAACAUCAUUGUCAGCUAGACCAUCGAUUGCUAAUGCAACCAAUAUCGAUACUCUUUUAGUAGCUACUGACAAAGAAGAAAAAAUAACAUCGCCACCUGAAGCAUUACAAGAUAAAACUGCUUUUAUUUUUAAUAAUCUCAGUCAACUUAACUUGCAGCAAAAAUGUGAUGAAAUUAAAGACAUUGUAACUGAAGAAUACUGGCCAUGGAUGGCUCAAUAUUUAGUGAUGAAACGUGCGAGUAUAGAAUUGAAUUUUCAUGUUCUUUAUUCGAAUUUCCUCGAUUGUCUUAAAGUACCAGAUGUAAAUAAAAUGGUUACCAGAGAAACUUUUAGAAAUAUCAAAGUCUUACUACGAAGUGACAAAGGAAUAGCCAAUUUUUCUGAUCGUUCUCUACUGAAAAACUUGGGUCACUGGCUAGGAAUGUUAACACUAGGAAGAAAUAAACCCAUUUUACAAGUAGAUAUUGAUUUAAAAAGUUUACUCGUUGAAGCCUAUCACAAAGGACAACAAGAACUUCUUUAUGUAGUUCCAUUUGUAGCUAAAGUUCUUGAAAGUUGUGCUAAAAGUCGUGUUUUUCGUCCUCCAAAUCCAUGGACCAUGGCUAUAAUGAAUGUACUGGCUGAAUUACAUCAAGAACCAGAUUUAAAACUAAAUCUUAAAUUUGAAAUUGAAGUGUUAUGUAAAAAUUUGAGUAUUGACGUAGCUGAAUUAAAACCGGCCGUCUAUCUAAAAGAUCCAGAAAAAUUGAGAAAUUUGGAGUAUCAAUUAUCUCAUCCAAAUAAAAAAUCUGAAUCGGCCAAUAGUCAACAGCAGCAGCAGCAACAACAACAGCAGCAGCAGCAACAACAACAACAACAGCAGCAGCAGCAGCAGCAACAGCAACAGCAGCAGCAACAACAACAACAGCAACAACAGGGUCCAGUGGAAGAACUUGUUGGAACUACAACUCCUGGAACUAUUGUAUCUCAACAAACACAACCCAUUAAUACUACUCCAUCAUUACCUACAGGUCCUCCAGAACCAAGAUUUAACUAUACAGACAUUAGUGUAACAGGUGUUGCUAAUAUUGCUCAGCAUAUUACAAUUAAUAACCAGUUAACACUGCUUCAAACUCAUCCAUACUUGAAACAAUUUAUUAGACCUGCAGUGGAACGAGCUAUACAAGAAUGGAUCCAUCCUGUCGUUGAUAGAUCAAUAAAAAUAGCUUUAACAACUAGUGAACAAAUUGUCCGUAAAGAUUUUGCUUUAGAUCCUGAUGAAAAUCGUAUGAGAACAGCAGCAAGACAAAUGGUUCGUAACUUGACCGCAGGAAUGGCAAUGAUCACAUGUAGAGAUCAAAUUUUAGCUUCAAUUAGUAGUAAUUUGAAAAAUGCAUUUUUAACAGCAAUGAUGGGAUCAACUCCACAGCAAAAAGAACUUGCUGAACAGGCUGCAAAUAUAGUAGCAGCUGAUAAUAUGGAAUUGGCAUGUGCUUUUGUUCAAAAAACUGCUAUUGAAAAGGCUAUGCCUGAAAUGGAUAAAAGAUUAUUAAAUGAAAUAGAACUUAGAAAAAUUGCUCGUACUGAAGGAAGACGUUACUUUGAUCCAGUAGUUAAGUAUCAGGCAGAACGAAUGCCAGAACAAAUUCGAUUAAAAGCUGGAGGUGUGACUCCUCAACAAAUGACAGUUUAUGAAGAAUUUGCAAGAAAUAUACCUGGAUUUUUACCGCUAUCUGAAAGAGAAACUCAAGCUCUUUUUAUCCCUAAACCAAUCAUAGAACCUACUGUUACUGCAUUUGCUACUAAUCCUGCAGUAGCUGUACCUACUGCACAACAAGUGGCUGUUUAUGCUGCUGCUGCAGUUAAUAAUGAUGAAGUAGGAAGUAUGUUAGAAAAAUUUGUAAAUGAAGUUGAAGUAUUAUUAACUGCUAUGGGACCUGCUGCUCCACAUCCUCAACAUGCUGCACUUCACAGCCUUAUAGAAUCAAUUAUUCUUACUAGACGAUCACGAGAUGCUGGUGCUGCAAUGGCAUUACUGAAAAAAGCUGUUGAAAGUUUAUUAGAUGGUCCAACUAUAUCUAGUGGAGUAACUGAUUCAGAAAUUGUCUUACGUUAUCGAGAACUUCACUUAAGAAUUUUAAAAUGUCUUCAAGAUCCAAGAGCUUAUGGUAUGCAAUGGACAAAUAAACAUGUAACUCGUUGUUGGGCAGAAUGUAGAGAUGAAUUUAGAUACAAUUUUGAGGCUGUUGAUUGUCUAAUAAGAUCACAUCUUAUUAGUUUUCCGCAAUUUGAUGUUGCUCUAGCUCAAGCUAUGGAUGUUGGAAAUGCAAUGGCUACAGCAUUUGCAAUGCAACUAGUACAGUUGUAUUUAAUUGAUGAAAGACAAACUACUCAUGUUACUGAAUCUGACUUAUUCCAUACUGUUGAAAUCCUUGCUAAAAUGGCUCAUCAUCGAGCACCACCUGAUGGAAUUCCUUUAUUCCGACUUACAUCAUUAAUGGAAUCCCUUCGUGCUAAUCAUGAUCCAGGAGUACUUGCUGAUCGUGCACCAGCUGGUCCAACAGCUCAUAUUCAUUCUGGAAUUCUCCAGGUGCGAGCUCGUGACUUUGACGACCCUCCAGGUUUAAUGGAAAAGACAGAAUAUUUAUUGAGAGAGUGGGUAACAAUGCAUCACAGUCCAAAUCAUGCUCGUGAUCCCACCAAAGCAUUUGGAAUGUUCGUUCAUCAAAUGAACAUUCAUGGUAUUCUGAAAACUGAUGAUUUAAUUACGAGAUUCUUCAAAUUAAGCACUCAAAUGUGUGUUGAUCUCUGUUAUCGUGCAUUAGCUGAAUCUAAUGCAGCUCCAUCAGCCGUACGUGCCAAAUGUUUCUUAACUCUUGAUGCUUUUGUUCGCCUAGUGGCAUUGCUGGUCAAACACUCUGGUGAUUCAACAAAUACUUCAACAAAAAUAAAUUUACUAAACAAAGUUCUUGGAAUCGUAGCUGGAGUAUUACUUCAAGAUCAUGAAAUGCGAGGAACUGAUUUCCAACAAUUACCAUACCAUCGUAUUUUCAUUAUGUUAUUUUUGGAAUUAUGUGCACCUGAACCCGUCCUAGAGGCUGUAAAUUAUCAAGUGUUAACAGCUUUCUGUCACACUCUUCACAUUUUACGUCCAGCAAAAGCAUCUGGAUUUUGUUAUGCUUGGUUAGAACUUGUUUCUCAUAGAGUUUUUAUUGGACGAAUGCUAGCUAUUACUCCUCAACAAAAAUGUUGGGGAAUGUAUGCUCAGCUAUUGAUUGAUCUUUUUAAAUAUCUAGCACCAUAUCUUCGUAAUGCCGAACUAGCAAAACCUGUUCUUGUAUUGUACAAAGGAACUCUUCGUGUUCUUCUGGUACUUCUUCAUGAUUUUCCAGAAUUCCUAUGUGAUUAUCAUUAUGGAUUUUGCGAUGCUAUACCACCAAACUGCAUACAAAUGAGAAAUUUAAUUCUUAGUGCUUUUCCAAGAAAUAUGAGACUGCCGGAUCCUUUUACGCCAAAUUUGAAAGUCGAUAUGCUUCAAGAAAUAGCUCAUGCUCCUCGUGUACUUACUAAUUUUGUUUCAAUGAUCCAACCGGUGAACUUCAAAAAGGAAUUGGAUUCAUAUCUGAAAGCUAGAGCACCUGUCACUUUCCUUUCUGAGCUCAGAAGUAGUUUGCAACAAGUAUCUCAGGAAGCUGGAGUGCGUUACAACAUUCAAUUAAUGAAUGCUCUAGUACUCUACGUAGGAACUCAAGCUAUAGCUUUUAUACGUAAUAAAGGUCACACACCUAGUAUGACAACAAUAGCACAUUCUGCUCAUAUGGACAUUUUCCAAAAUCUAGCAGUUGAUCUUGAUACUGAAGGACGUUAUUUAUUUUUGAAUGCAAUCGCAAAUCAAUUACGUUAUCCAAAUAGCCAUACUCAUUACUUCAGUUGUACUUUACUUUAUCUUUUUGCUGAAGCUAACACUGAAGCUAUUCAAGAACAAAUCACUCGAGUAUUACUUGAACGACUUAUCGUUAAUAGACCACACCCUUGGGGUCUGUUGAUUACAUUUAUUGAACUCAUCAAAAAUCCUACUUAUAAAUUUUGGACUCAUGAAUUUGUCCACUGUGCUCCUGAAAUCGAAAAGCUCUUUGAAUCAGUAGCCAGAUCAUGUAUGGUCCAAAAACAAGUACAGCCAACACCCGAGCCAGAAAUACCAGAGUGAUAAAAAAUUACAUCAAUUAUCAUAGAUUUUGUGUACAGUGAAAAUCGUCAAUAUUGUCUGUAUAAAGUUGCUAUGUUUAAGUGUGUAUAAUACAAUUGAACUUGGAAAGAUUUUUUUUUUGUUUGAUGAAUUAAGUAUAGAAUCAUCGUACAUAUAUAAACUAAGUAUAUUAUAAAAUAUGUAAGGCUAAAUAUUAAUUAAUAUGUUAAUAUUUUAAUAAAAAUGUCACUCACCUGUAAAAAAAUAGAAAAAAAAUUAAGGAGCUCUACGUCGUAGUACGAAGCUUCAAAAAUUGUGUCUUUCUUAUAAAGUGUUGAUUAAGGAAA